GGGUAAGAAUGCCAAACAUCUAACUUACUUCAGUGACGUUCGUGAUGACGUCAUCCCUACCGUAUACGUCGGUACCCCUAACACAGAAAAGGUCACUGCAAGAAGUUGUUACUGAUACUGGAGAAAGCAUACAACCUGUUCAAGUUAAACCAAAGAUAUCAUUGGUUGCUUGUGGUCGAUGACGACACGCUAAUAAGUUUGAAUAGGUUAACUACAACGCUAAAAUGCUACGAUCCUUACAAUGACGUCAUCUUCCUGGGAGAGAGAUAUGGAUUCGGUGUGGUGAGAGGAUACGGUUAUGAUUAUAUUACUCUGGGGGGAGGAAUGGCAGUAAGUAGGGCGGGAUUAUUCAAGUUGAUUGACAGCCGAGCAUGUUAUUGCAACAGGGACGACUCCCCUGACGAUAUGACAUUGGGGUCGUGUCUGGCGCUCCUAAAUAUCCGUAUUAGCCACGAUUCCCGGUUUCAUCAGGCCCAACCACGUGACUAUCACCCCAGUUUACUCAAAUAUCGACGGCCUAUUUCAUUCCAUAGACAUUACAGUCAGGAUAACUUUGCUGUCUAUGAUAAAUAUUUGAAAGAUGAUGAUGGCGAUGAUGAUGGUGGUGAUGAUGACUUUGAUGAUGGUUUUUAUGGUCAUUCUGAUAAUACUGCUGAUGUGAUUGGUAAUGGUGUAGUUGACGAUGAUGACGAUAAUGUGGAUGAUUCCGAUGGAGAUGACGGACGUGAUGACGUAGAUAAUGAUGACGACGAUGAUAAUGAUGACGUGGGCAGUUUUGAUGAUGAUGAUGAUGAUGAUGAUGGCUGGGAUAAAAAUGAUAACGAUGAUGAAGUAUAUGAUGAUAGAUCUGAUGAAUUUUUAAUAAAAUCUGAACUCUGAUUA